AUGGCGACUAACACCUCAACACUGCCCAUGAUGGGAGGCGCUUUCAUGGACUCACCCAACGAGGACUUCAGCACCGAGUACUCCCUCUUUAACUCCUCCACCAAUGUCCACACAGCCUCCAACGGCCAGCCAGAGGAGCCCCCACGGUCCUCCAACGAUGCUGUCUUGCUCUGGAUUGCCAUCAUAGCAACGCUGGGGAACAUUGUGGUGGUGGGGGUGGUGUACGCCUUCACCUUCUGA